CUGAUUGGUCCGCUGGGUCGGAGUCCAGAAAACAACAAACAAGAUAGGGUGAAGACCGUCGGGAUGGAUGCAGCAACCUUGACGUACGACACACUUCGCUUUGGAGAGUUUGAAGAUUUUCCUGAGACCUCGGAGCCCGUGUGGAUCUUGGGGAAAGAAUACAGCGCACUCACAGAGAAAGAUGAGAUUUUAUCAGAUGUCACGUCACGACUGUGGUUCACAUACAGAAAAAACUUCCCACCAAUUGGUGGGACAGGACCAACAUCAGAUACAGGAUGGGGAUGUAUGUUGCGGUGCGGCCAGAUGAUCCUUGGCGAGGCCUUGGUGUGUAGACAUGUAGGCAGAGACUGGAGAUGGGCCCGAGGCCAGAAACAAAGAGAAGAGUACAUCAGUAUUCUCAACGCCUUCAUCGACAAAAAAGACAGCUAUUAUUCCAUCCAUCAGAUUGCCCAAAUGGGAGUUGGAGAGGGGAAGCCUAUCGGCCAGUGGUAUGGACCAAACACAGUCGCCCAGGUUUUAAAGAAGCUGGCAGUGUUUGAUACGUGGAGCAGAUUAGUCGUACAUGUGGCGAUGGAUAACACUGUGGUCAUCGAGGAGAUCAAGCGCCUCUGUAUGCCCUGGCUGGACGUUGCAGGAGCCUGUGGGGGAGCGGAGGGAGUGGGGGAGCUCAAUGGCUGCCUGGAGGGGGCGUGUGCCCUGGCGGAGGAGGAGACGGCCCUCUGGAAACCUCUAGUCCUGCUCAUCCCGCUCAGGCUGGGCCUGACUGACAUCAACGAGGCCUACAUCGAAACCCUCAAGCAAUGCUUCAUGCUGCCUCAGUCCCUGGGUGUUAUUGGGGGAAAACCCAACAGUGCCCAUUACUUCAUUGGUUAUGUCGGAGAGGAACUCAUCUAUUUAGACCCGCACACCACUCAGCCCGCAGUGGAUCCAUGUGAAGACGGCCAGGUCCCCGAUGAGACGUACCACUGUCAGCACCCGCCCUGCCGCAUGCACAUCUGUGAGCUGGAUCCAUCCAUCGCAGCGGGUUUCUUCUGCAGAACAGAGGACGAGUUUGAUGACUGGUGUAUGCGCAUAAGAAGGCUGUCCUGUAACAGAGGCGGCCUGCCCAUGUUUGAGCUGGUUGACAGUCAGCCCUCUCACAUGGUCAGCGUGGACGCCCUUAACCUCACCCCUGAUUUCUCGGACUCGGAUAGGUUGGAGCGGUUCUUCGACUCAGAAGACGAAGAGUUUGAGAUCCUUUCCCUGUGAGGAACAUAACGAACAAUGAUUUGCCGACAGUUGGCGAGAGAUUCUGCGUCUUUUCUCUGCGUCAGAAGGGAAGCCUGAGGGGAUGAACAUGAACUGGAGACCUCUUGAGCCGGUCCAGCUCCAAUGGCGUAGUCAGUGUGUCACACAGCGUUCUUCUCAACAGCCUCCGAAUGCUCUCUGUAUCCAACAUCGAGACUGCCUGGUGGAAGCCGUAGCAGGAGCUCAGGAUAAAUUCUGUAUGCACAUCUUCACACAUACACACACACACACACACACACACUCUGUGUUUCCAUUUGAGUCUUAACACUUUAAAUGUUUAUUCUGAAGUGAUAUGGUGCCUUUCCCUGACUCCAUAAGUAAAAAUGCCAUAACAGUUUUAUGUUGUAUAGAAACACGAAGGAUCAUGAUGCCCAUGGCUUCCGCGGUUUGUCACUAAUAACUCGAGUCUGUAACAGCCUGUAAUGAAACCAAAUCAAGUCAGAUCUGCAGACAAGUUGCAUUAAUUGCUCAUGCAAAGUAUCCUUGCCAAGUCUGAAACAUAUACACUAGUUCAUUUGAAGAUUAUUUAUUUAAUCACAGUAUAUAGACAGGUGAAAGAACAAUACACAUGUAAGAGGAUUAAAAACAAAUAAAGUCAGAAUCUGAUAUUUGACGAUGAUACAUCUCUUAUAUUUGAAGUUAAGCCAAGGAAUUUCUUCUCUGCAUUUAAAUAAAAUGCUUAUAAACCUUU